GAGAGGAGGAGGAGAAAAAAGCCCAAGCUUCAGUCUCGUCUGUUUUAGCUGUGGAUGCAGCGGAAGCCAAUGUCUCGUCGAGAGGGUCGCGAUUCUGCCCGACGCAGUUCUAGAUUUGACCGAGAACCAAGUCCGAAGAGGUUUAGAAGAGAUGGAUUACAAGAAAGAGAAAGAAGCAGAGUAACCAGCGGUGCUGAUGUAGACAAUGUAGAUCACCAUGGCAAGGAUCACAAACGCCGCCGGCUGCAUGAUGUGGUACCCCAUGAGGCCUCUUUAGCUCAUGAUUCUAAGAAAGAAAGUGAGGCUGAGAAAAAGGAUUCAGACAAGAAACCAAAUGAACAUAAUGAAGGGUCCAAACGUUUAUCUGAUCCUACUGAUUUACCAAGAUCUCGCUCUUAUGUUCAGCACGAUGAGCGAGGUAGUGCCAGGCAGGUUGGUCGAAGAGCGACUGGUGAGCAUGGAUGGUGGAAGGACUCAAGAGAUCACCAUAAUGAAAGGGCAGAGAAAGCUCAUGGACGAAGUAGAGAUCAAAGACAUGAAAAAUUAGGAGCUAAACCAGAUGACAACACUUUACACAGAAAAGAUGGCCCCUCUGAAAGGAAAGAUGAUCCUCUUCCAACUACUAAGAAAAGACCUGCAUUCAGGGAGAAGAAGGUUCCAGCAGAUCUAGGAGACGCCAAUCCAGCUGCAACUGAGGCUGUAAAGUCAAGCCAAACAUGUUACUCUCCAGAAAGGAAUGAAAGGAGGGAUGACAGAAGCAGCAACCUGCGCCAUUUUGAUAGAACUGAGAAGCAAUAUACAAUAGAAAGUGCAUCCAACAAGGUUGAAGCUAGGAGGGAUGACUUCUCAUUGAGAGGGAGGUACCGUGGUGGCAGCGGCAAUUACAGGGGAAGGGAUAGAUUCAGUGUAGGACAAGGUUAUCAUCCUAGCAAGCCUCGAAUUGAGAAGUGGAAGCAUGAUUUGUAUCAAGAGAUUGACAAGGAUCCUAUUCCAAAAAAUGAGGAUGACCAAAUUGCAAAGCUGGAAGCACUCUUGGCUUCAUAGGAUCAGAUUGCAGGCAACGUUUCUCGUGUUUUUUAACCUAUGCUUCAGUUAUCAGCACUUCAACUUUUGGCGUGUUCAGGACAGAUUCCAUGGAUGCGCCACUUUUAUGUAAUGGGUUCAGGCUUUCUUUUCCGUAGAUUUAUACCUGCGUGGUUGUCAUGACAUGUGUAGCACUUGAUUUGAACUGGUGAUUCUGUUCAUUAUAUAUCAAGCUAUAAAAGACAGCAAAAUUAACCACAUUGUUAA